UACCUCCUAUAAUGACAUUACAGUUCGUGCUAAAAACGGGAAACGAGCUAGCUUAUAAAUAUUAGAUUAAAGUAUCUAGAUGCUAGUCAUAGUGAGUUAUUAUUUUGCAUGGAUAGGUGACACUUUACACGCCAAAAUAAAACGUUUAGUCGGUUAAAGUAUUGCACUUGUAUUCAGUUAGAUAGCUAAUAGUGCAUAGCCAUCUUAGCAUCUAGCUAGCCAGUUAGCAAGUAUGUAUCUUUUGUAUACAAUUCUAGCUGCACUUGUGUGUUUCCUUUUAAUGAAAUGGAUGAAACGUAGAAGGUUUUGCAUGGAUGUAAAAAGGCUGGACGGGAAAACAGUUCUUAUAACCGGUGGUAAUUCUGGCAUAGGCAAAGAGACAGCUGUGGCUUUGGCACUAAGAGGAGCACGAGUCAUCCUCGCCUGUAGGGAUGAAGACCGAGCAAGGAAAGCUGUGCAGGAGAUCAAGCACCGGAGCCACAACAUGAACGUGCUCUUCAUGGAGGUAGACCUGGCCAACAUGAGGUCCAUAAGAGAGUUCUGCAAGAAGUUCUUGCAGAAAGAGAAGAGGUUGGAUAUUCUCAUCAAUAACGCAGGUGUUCCCAGUGUCCUGGACUGGACCGAUGAUCAUUUUUCCUUGUGCUUUGGUGUUAAUCACUUGGGUCACUUCCUUCUGACCAAUCUUCUGCUGCCGCGGCUUAAGGAGAGCACACCGAGCCGUGUCAUCACCCUCACUUGCUCCAGCUAUAAGUACCAGAGACUGGACUUCCAGGAUCUUAACUACAACCUGUUCCCUUUCUUCACCUACAGCCGCAGCAAACUGGCAAAUAUCUACUUCACCAAGGAGCUGGCUCACAUGAUGGAGGGCAAAGGAGUCACGGCCUACGCUGUGCAUCCUGGUUACGUGCAGAGUAACUGGACAUGUCACUAUUCGUUCCUGUACCAGCUCUUUAUGAAGGUGAUCAUGUUUAUGUUUUUUGUGCCGUGCGAGGCGGGGGCACAGACCGUCGUGUACUGUGCUGUAUCGGACGAGGUCACGGCUCAUAACGGGGGCUACUUCAGCGACUGCAGACCAGCCACAUUAAAACCUUAUGCCAAGGACAGCGGUGUGGCCAAAAAGCUCUGGGAGGCCAGUGAGAGAUUGGUCAAUCUCGCCUGAUUCAAAGAGCUGAAUAGAUUUUUUUAAACAAAUAUGUAUAAAUAUGAUUAUUUAUGAAGUAUGUGUGUAAUUUUUUUUCUUAAGUGUUCAAUUUAUGCUGUGAACUACCUGCCUCCUGCUAAAAUACAAAAUACAGUUUAUUAAGUGUGCUGUAUGUUUUUCCCCCCUGAUAGAUUGUUAUUCAAUACACACAUGAUUCACUCUAAUAAUAAUAAUA